AUGGCACCCAAAUCUCGUUCUAUUCUCUUUCUUCUCCUCUCAAUUUUGCUGGUUUCGAGUAUCAACGAAGCGGGCGCCACUUUCUUCGGAAUUUGGCGGCCGAUCAAUGACCUGAAAGACCAAGUGGUGGAGCAGAUUGCCAAAUUUGCGGUGACAGAGCACAACAAAGAGGCUAAAACAUCCUUGGAGUUCAUUACCGUCGUACAAGGUGAAACCAAAUUGGUUUCCGGGACGAACUACCGGCUGGUGAUCUCCGCCAAGGACCGCGGCGCCGCCCAACCUAAAAACUACACUGCAGUUGUUUGGUCCAGACCUUGGAUCAAGUUCCAACAACUUCUUACAUUUGAUGAAGUUAAAGUGUAA